ACAGAACGCACAAUUCCAUCCGUCUCUACUUUGGCGCAGCAGCAGCCAUGUCCCUUCCUCUCUACCCCGCUUCCCUUUCCAAUCCCCUUCCGCUUCGCCAAAACUUCUCUGCAGAAUCUCGACACUGUAAACCUCUGCUCUUCUCCACCACCAGGGGUAAACAAUGGUAUUAUAGAUCAAAGAACAUAACACGCCUCACGGUUAAUAGCAGAAUUUCUAGCCUUAAAGAACCUCCUUUGAGCAAUCCUGCUGCACUAUUAGCAAAGGAAGCUCACAAGUAUUUUGACCAGGCUGUUAUCACUGUUCGCGCUGGAGACGGCGGCCAUGGUGCAAUCCUCAGCAUGCCGAGCCAGAAAAUCAAUACAAAGUCGCAAGGGAGACACGAAAAGGAGAAAAGGAUGAGAAGCUCAUACAAGAGGGAUUCUGACGGCUCGCUUAUCCUCCCGAUGGGUGGACAUGGGGGCGAUGUCGUUCUUUACGCAGACGAGGGCCUAGAAUCUCUUCUGGAGUUUCACAAGAAGAGGCGUUAUAGUGCGAAGCGAGGAGGAAAUGUGGAUGCCAUGGGCACUUUGACCUCCCAAUUGCAUGAUGGAUUUGCCGCACCAGCACUACGAGUACCCGUGCCUGUAGGCACGGUUGUGAAGCGGAAAAAGGGAAAACUUCUUGCUGAUUUAGCUCGUCCUGGUGAUGAAAUUGUAGUCGCUAGAGGCGGACAAGGUGGGAUAAGCUUGCUAGAAAUGCCUGAACACAAAAGGAAAAAAUUAAUGGCUCUAUCCACUAAUGUAAUGCGAGAUGAAAAUGACAAGGUCCUAGUUCUUGGUCAGCCUGGCGAGGAGGUUAGCUUGGAAUUGAUUCUAAGAGUGGUUGCUGAUGUUGGUCUUGUGGGACUUCCAAAUGCUGGAAAGUCGACACUUCUCGCAACUCUAACACUUGCGAAACCAGAUAUUGCCGACUAUCCAUUCACAACUUUAAUACCCAAUCUUGGACGUCUUGAUGGAGACCCUAAUUUAGGGGCAUUGAAAUAUUCCUCAGAAGCAACAUUAGCUGAUUUGCCUGGUCUAAUUGAAGGUGCUCAUCUGGGCAAGGGUCUUGGUCGAAAUUUCCUGAGACAUCUAAGGAGGACUCGGCUACUUGUUCAUGUCGUUGAUGCUGCUGCUGAGAACCCCGUAAAGGAUUAUAAGACUGUCAAAGAGGAAUUAAGGAUGUACAAUCCAAAUUACUUAGAGCGACCUUACAUUGUGGUGUUAAACAAGAUUGACCUACCAGAGGCUCGAGAUAGGUUGGCAUCCCUGAUACAAGAUAUUUCAAUGAUUGGAUGUAGAGAAACAACGAAAUUAAAUAUCAGACCAAAAAUGUUGACUGAAAAUAAAAAUGAACAUUCGGUUUCCUCGGGCACAGGUUGUGAAGAGAUAAAAGAGAAGGAAAUCGAGGAUUAUCCGCAACCUCUAGCAGUUGUUGGGGCAAGCGUAUUAAAACACAUUGGCAUAGAAGAGAUGCUUAUAGAGAUAAGGGCUGGCCUAAGAAAGUGUUGGGAUUUAGACAAGUCACUGGAAACAGAAACAACAGGGUUCCUUCCAUCAUAAUUUUCUGAGAUAGGAAAGUUCUAAAGCUUGCACAUGUACUGCAAGAUGGUAUGAAACUACACGUGGCAAGGCCACAAAUUUGAGCUUUUGCAGAUGGCAUAUUUCAUGUUCUUUUAGCUUCUCUCCCUUUUUCAAUAGAUUUUUUGGAGUUUCUAACUCAGGUUGUGCACUUGCAUAUGAGGCUAAUAAAAAGCUAAUAGUGUUGCACGCUCGAUUAUCAUAAAUGAAAUGCAUGAUUUUCUUGGGAGAGAAAACAAACACUUUAUUGUAAUAUAUCUUCUGUUUGAUCAGUCUAUAAUAUUUCUAAGCUACUUUUGUGCAAUACUAGAGAACUGAGUUGCAUGGUUAA